CACAAGAGAGAGCGCUCCCAUAAAAGGGCUGAGCACUCUGCUCCCUUCGCUGGACGUGUGGAGAGCAAGGGGGGGACCAUGGACUUCAUCAGCAUUCAGCAGUUGGUAAGUGGAGAAAGAGCUGAUAGGAAAGUGUUGGAGUUUGGACAUAGAGUUCCUGAUCCUGGAGGCUGGCCUAGGGACUGGAGGCUGGGACCCCAAGAGGCCAUGGCCCGGGAGAAACUGAAGUUGGAGGAAGAGAAGAAAAAGAAGCUGGAAAGAUUUAACAGCUCCAGACUGACUCUGGACAAUAUGAAAGACUUGGAAAACUUGCUUCAAAGACGAAGAGAAAAGCGACUGAGACACAAAGUCCCCCCCAGGGAACCUGAGCCUGUGGUUGAGCCGCAGCCCCAGGUCCCACUGGAGCCAGUGGACCUGGACACGUUCCUGAAGGCAGCUGCCGAGAACCAGGAAGCCCUGAUUGACAAGUACCUGACAGAUGGAGGGGACCCCAAUGCCCAUGACAAGCUCCACCGCACAGCUUUGCACUGGGCCUGUCUGAAGGGCCACAGACAGCUGGUCAACAAGCUGCUGGCGGCAGGGGCUGCUAUAGAGGCACAGGACUUGCUGGACAGGACGCCUGUAUUCUGGGCCUGCCGUGGAGGACACCUGGACAUUCUCAAGCUGCUGCUUAACCAGGGAGCUCGGGUCAAUGCACAGGACAAGAUCUGGAGCACCCCUCUCCAUGUAGCAGUGCGCACGGGCCACACUGACUGCCUGGAGCACCUCAUUGAGUGUGGCGCCCACAUCAAUGCACAGGAUAAGGAAGGGGACACAGCACUCCAUGAGGCUGUGCGCUAUGGGCACCACAAAGCUACAAAGCUGCUGCUGCUCUAUGGAGCCAAGUUGGGCAUGAAGAAUGUGGCCUCCCUGACACCAGUGCAGCUGGCACGAGACUGGCAGCGGGGUCUCCGAGAAGCACUACAGGCCCAUGUGGGGCACCCCCGUACCCGGUGCUGAUGACUUUGACCUGUGGGUCACUCCUAACUACCAUUCCACACCCACUUUCCCACCCACCUCUAAGUGGUUCUUGGCUCCAGUCCCUGAUUCCGCUGGCUUUGCUUCUUUGCCUGAGGCAGCAGGUAGAACAGGCCCCCUGGGUUUCAGUGAGGGAGACUGUGUUCCCUGUCACGGCUGGAGCAGAACCAUAAACAAGAAGUGGAUCCAGACAAGGGCCAAGGCCAGAGCAGGAAGUGAACAGACUGGCACUACCCACAGCUGGGUCUAGGCCUCUGUCUACCAAUCCUUAGAUCAGGAGACUGGCCUUGGCCUGUUCUGUAGAGAUUCUAUGUGGCCAGCAGCUGCAGGGUACAAGAGAAGAAACAGGCUACCUAAGUGCCAGGCAUUGGUGCAGCUCACGCUGUCCUUUAGGUGGAGUUUCUCCAGGGACUCCACUCCUAUCAGCAGCAACCCUGAGAGCAUGUGGAGUAGUUCUAGGCGCCUCUCAUCUCCAGACUCUGGGGGUGGUUCUGGCAGGCUGAGGGGCAUGACAACAGGAUCGCAGCCCCUCGGAUGUCAGUACCUACCAGGUUGCCCCAGAAGCUGGAGACUGGUGGACUGGAACCAGUGUGCACUCUGGGAAAGCUCCACCUAAAGGGCAGCUCUGCUUGUCUUAUGUGGGUAGGGUGCCAGGUGCUGGGGAUUGCUUGUGGCCCACUCAACUUUUGGGGCGGAGGCCCGCAGCCCUAGCUUACCUGAGGCUCUAUUGCCCCCUGGAACUGGGGAAAGCACCUGGACUAAGCUCUGUGCCCUGCACACUGAGUCGAGCACCUUGCUGUAGGACACAGUCACAGACCCAUGCCAGCUGGUAGUGUAAUGAGGACUUCACGCAGGCACAUGCUCCUUCCCCUUCCAGCUGUUUCCAGUUCACUGGUGUACUUGUACUACUGGCAGGGCUGGCCCCUAAUAUGCCAGAAAGUUGACGCUGGGCCCUCCACUGAGGCCAGAGGCUGAACAAAGGGCUAAAAGGUGAAGGCUUUGCCUCCCUCACACAGCUCUGAGCUGACGUUCAUUUUGGCAGCCUCUCUGCCCGUUACUAUGUGAAAGACUAGUGCUCCCUCCUAAAGGCACAAACCUUUCUGUGGGCAGGCCCUGCCCUGAUGUGACACAGUGGGCACCUAGACAACCUGUGCCAUGGGCAAGACAGACAUUCAAGACUGCUCAAUAUGACGACCCCUCAGAAAUGAGGACACUUACAUGACACACAAAGCUACCUUUCAUACAGGACACUGUUUUCUCAUUAAACUGACUAUCCACCGCAGCCGAGUUGUCUUAUGGGCACCGGGAGGAGGCGGUGCAUCGGGCUACAUGAAAAACCAAACCAAAGGCCUUGUCAUCCUCCACUACAGAGAUCAGUGCAUCACUCAUGUCACCAAAUGCAAGGCAUGCCUUACACAUAUCAGGGAGCGGGAGGAGAGGGUCCUGGCACUUGGCUCUCAUGUUCUGGACCCACAGUUUUUAAAAGUCCUGAUGUCUGCUGAGUAUGAUGGCACAUACCUUUAAUCUUGGCACUUAGGAGGCAGACCUAUCUCUGAGUCCAAGGCCAAUCUGAUCAACAUAUUGAGUUCCAGACCAGCCAGGGUUACAGUGAGACCUUUUCUGAAAAUCCUAAUGUCUAAUGUUACUAGGUCAGAAGCCCUGGAAGGAGGAUCCAAGUAUUAGUUGAGGACAUGGCUAUCUACAAAUACUAGCAAAUUGUAAGGACGUCUAGGUAGGUGAUGGGUGAUAAAUACCUACCUUAAUAUUAAUAGUCCAAGACCUCAUGAUACAAUAUAAACAAAAAUCUGUUUCUCCCUAAUACCAAUGAACAUUAUGGAUACAAAAAAAAACAUAGUACAUAUUUACUAUACAUACAUACAUAGUUUAAACCUUAAAAAAAAAAGUAAACUGCCGAAGCCUACAAAUGAAAAUGUUGACAUAGACAUACCAUGUUCAUGGACUAGAAGGCACAACAUGAAAAGAUGUCACGUUGACAACAUACAGGCUUAACACAGUUCUUACCAAAAUCCAAGAAAGAUGUAAACAAGAUUAUCUACACUUUGUAAGAAAAUGUAUACCCUAAGCAAUUUUGAGCCAUACAUGGUAGCUCCUGCCAGUAAUCCCAGCACUUGGAAGGCCUCAGGAGGAUUGCUUUGUGUUGCAGCUUAGAUUCAACACAGUGUGAGACAAGGCACACAGCACAGGCAAUGCAUUGAGACUAUAUAUGAAAAAACACCCAAAUUCUGAAAAGUAAAAGAAGGUAACCAUGAUGUUCCAUGGUUAUAAAUCUAGCACGUGGUAGGCUGAGGCAGGGGGACUGUGAAGUCAGUUUGGCCCACAGACUGAGACACCCCCACCCCUUGGGGGGUGUUGUUAAAAUAGGUUUCUUCUUGGAAUUCAUCCUGUAGACCAGGCUGGCCUUGAACUCAAAGAACCACCUGCCUCUGAGUGCUAGGAUUAAAGGCACACCAUCACACCCAGCCUGGGACCCUAAGAGAAAAUUAAUGGGGGGAAAAGGGAAAAGUGGGUCCAACUUCAGUGAUCCUGAGUAUAAUGGAUGAUAUAUCCACCCUAAGGUGAUGUAGUAGACAACUCAGAAACAGUCCAUCGUUCCCCCCCCCCCCCACAAAUACAUCCAACAGAGGGAGAGAUGCCUUUUCAACAAAAGGACAUCCUUAGGAAUGGGGUGGGGGGAACCAGA